AUGAGAAAUACCGAUGCACGAAGCACUAACUUGGCCCUCUGUAGAAUUUUUUUCACGUGGGGUCUACCACUAAUUCUGCAAAGUGAUAACGGUCCCCCUUUCCAAGGAAGUGAAUUCGUAAAUUACUGGGAAGAAAAAGGCGUUAAAGUUAGGAAGUCUAUUCCUCUUAGUGCUCAGUCUAACGGUGCUGUGGAGCGUCAAAACCAGGGUAUUGUUAAGGCCCUGGCAGCAGCUAAAGAAGAUGGAACAAGCUGGAAACAAGCACUCGAAAAAUAUGUACACGUUCAUAACACUAUAAAACCACAUGCACGGCUCAAUAUUACUCCGUUUGAGCUACUGGUGGGCUGGAAGUACAGAGGUAUAUUUCCAAGCCUCUGGGAAACUAAGUUGGCGAAUGAAAUAGACCGUAACGAUAUUCAAGAUAGGGAUGCAGUGACAAAACUUAUUAGCAAGAAAUAUGCUGAUAAUCGCAGAGGUGCGAAAGAAUCGGAUAUUGCAGCUGGAGAUAAGGUGGUUGUGAUUACCCCAAAGAAAAACAAAACAGAUAGGAUAUUUUCGAAUGAAAGAUUUACUGUUCUAACUAGGCACGGAGCAAAGUUGGUCAUUAGAAGCGAGCGAGGAGUUCAGUACACUCGUAACAUUCAGGAUGUGAAACUGGCACCAGAGCACGUUGAUACUAGUGAUCUUGUUUCACCAUCCUCCAUUUCCACGGAUAAUUUGGGUAACAGUAUCAAUAAUACUGGUUACAACCAGAAAAAAUUUCACUUUCACUAA